GAUAACCAUCGACUUUCCGAGACCCAGCGGUCCACACGGAUACAGAAAGGCCUGCUCCUUAUCAACGGCGGCCAUGAGAGGGUUAAGGAAAGUGACUUUAGCCCACCUGCUCUCCAUCCUGCUGCUGGCGACGCUCGUCUCGCGUUCGUGGAGCGCGCCGAAGAGUUCUUUCCAGAGGAGGAACUGGACUCCGCAGGCGAUGCUGUACCUGAAGGGAACACAGGGCAGGCGGUUCAUCUCAGAAGACGGGAAGGAAGGAGACGUGUACGACACGUUGCACUUGGAGAGCCAGGGGGGCCUGAGCCCGGAGAAGCAGAGCGUGGACCAGGCCGCCGCCCUGCUGCUCAGCUUCCUGCAGACGCUGAAGGACCAAGCCAACGAAAACGCCAACCAGCUGUCCUUCCAGGACCUUCCGGUGUGGAAGCGGGAAUACUUCUGAUGGAGGCGCGUCUGAAACGGCUCAAGACCAUCCCUGAUUGGAUGUUUAUAAUACUGCGUGCUGCGACGGGGAGGGAAGACGUUUUGUAAAUACUCGUGCUCGGAUGAUGAUUGUUUGACGUGUUGUUUUAAUAAAAACGAGUUUGAAUUCAUAGCAUUCUGUUGUCUGAAGGAGUUCUGCUGCAACGAGACGGGGUGAAUGAACCGUCACCAGACACAUUCAACGUAAUAUUCACAAACCGUGGGACCAUCUGACAAGCACUGACAGACCAGUUGUGGGGGAUAUAGGGGGAGGAUGAGACCAGACCCCAACACACACUUUGCUAAGCACCGCUGAGAAUGUAGACGUAUAUCAAACAGAUCAAAUGAAAAGUGAGAAAUAUUUAAACUGAUCCGUCCAAAUACCAGGAAAAUAACAACAUGUACGAUUGUUUCAUUGGGUUGGUGAAACCGUUUUCUGUAAACAUUUUUUAAAUCA